CUGCGGCCAAACAAAACCCCCUCUCUGUCCCGUGAAGAAGCUUGGAGGUCUCCUUCUCUGCCUCCCGCAAACUAUCUCCGGUCACUCUUCUUUACACUUCUCGAGCUCUAUACGCAGCAGCGAGUCAGAGUUCCUUUGCGAAGUCAAAGCAUAUAACAGCAUCAUGCCGUCUCAGAUCUCCAACAACGAGACGAUCGAAUCGGCCCACCAGGCCGUCCACUCCAUCAAUCCGUUCAAGUCUGGCGACUCCUCUCGUGAAGCUGUACUCACGUAUAAGAUUGGCACCGCCCUGUCAUGGCUUCUGCUUCUCAUCACCAGCGUCUACUACACCUUCGCUCGCCCUCACGACGGAGGCAAUGGCCGUAAGGACAGACACACCAUAUGGGGUCAAAAUGAUCUUCAUCCUACCGCUUUUGCCUUGAAUAGUGUCAUUGUGAGCAUCUACUGGAUCGUUCUCUACAUUCUACAAAUUGGCUACUCGUGGCACCUGUACAGCGGCAACUCCGUUUAUGUGACUGCAGCUGCAACUGUCGGAUCACACUUCAUCCUCAACAAUCUAUUCCUCUUCGCCUUUAUAAUGCUCUGGGUGCGCUCGUACUUCUGGAUCGCGGAGUUGAUCCUCGCUCUCAAUUUCAUCAACCUCUCCACCGCCUACUUUAAUCACAGCAAGACUCCGCGCUGGAUUCACAUCGCUGUUGUUUCGGCCCCACUGGCAUGGAACUUUGUGGCUCUGUACUGGGCUGGAGCUGCCGCUAUCAAUCCGAAUGGGCACAGUCUGGUGGCACGCAUCGUCGCGAACAUCUUUGUCUGGGGUAUAUUGACAUACGGGGCGUUCUUCUUGGCUGCAUACAAGGAUUACACUAUGGGCUUUGAGUUGUCCAUUCUGGCAGCUGCUCUCGGCGUUGGUCAAUUCCUCACCAAGACCAUUGCAUUUCAGUGGAUCUUCGCUUUCGUCAUCAUGAGCGUUCUGUUCGUCCUCUCGCUUGCAGUCGGCAUUCCAGGCCUACUUGGCCAGGACCCCAUCAAGCGCGGACAGAUCGUUUCCGAGGAUCGUGAGCGUGCGCCUCUGUUGGCCGACGAUUGAUGUAUGACAGAUGCUGGGCAAAUGGUCACAGCUCAGUACGCAUUACACUAACACAUCAUGGCUUCCUCGACUCGAAAGGCAUGAUCCGGGAUACCAACUGAGGAUGACCGGAUGCUAUUACGAGCAAAGUCUGCUUCAGGUCUCCCUAGCAUUAACGGGCGUCUUGUUUUAGGAGCAUGCAUUCUCGAUAGUUUUGAUCCUUAUUCUGUAGCGUAAUUGACGAUGUUGUUUUUCCACGACGCCGGCCCCUUGCGGAGUCUUGAUAUGAAUGGUAUCUUCUAUGUUGAAAGAGAAGUAGACAUGCCUCUAAGGGCAGUACAUGAUGUAGACAUCUAUCCCAACGCCGUAACAGUACCGUAUACACCCAAUCUAAGCAUGCUCACACAUG